AUGGACUACGUUCUAAAGCUUCCUAAUGAGCUGCUUCUCCUCAUUAGCCAAAGCUGCGAUCACAUGCACGACCUAGGCGCGCUUUCACUGACUUGUCGUCGAUUUCAUUCAAUCUUUGAUAAGCUGCUAUAUGAGCGCGCAGUGACCGGACAUCAUUACCUGCUCACCUGGGCGUGUGAGACAGGAAACAUAGGUCUAGUGGCCAAGCUCCUUGACGCUGGCGCAGAUCCCAAUCGGCCAUUCGGGACCACCCGUAGGCAGGCGAGGUACAGAAUCUUUGGAGCUUACAGAAACGCGUAUGUCGAGGAUUUCUAUGGCCUGUCGCCCGAUGUUAACUUUUUGGAUCCAUUCGUGGUUCUGGAUUUUGUUUACGGGCAUCGCUCGCAUGUCUCUGAGCGUCUUGGUGAGGCAGGCGAACUGCCAUCUCCGAUCUCCGAUGAAAGCGCGGGCUUGCCCGCCUCGGGUGCCGGCGAAAAUAGUGAGGAUUCAUUAGGCGAUAGCAAUGAUGAUCUCCACGAUUCAUCCAUGGAUGAAGUAGGCAGUCUCGAAGCUGACUUCUCGGACUAUAACACAACGACUGAUGAUGACGAUCCUUCCCUGUCUGAAAAUGAGCUACUGAGCGGGACCCCAACACGCUUCGAGUGCAGUUGGUAUCCAUUGCACGCCGCAGCUAGGCAUGGUUCACAAGAAACGCUGGAGUUGCUGAUCAAGCAUGACGCGCAUCUUAGCCCUCCCUCAACUGGGUAUUGCCGCUGCAGGCCUUUGCGUGAUGGAGAAGAAGGAGACGAGGCAAGUGAGCCAGAUGCACUACCUCCUGAUUGGACACCUCUGCAUACAGCUGUGUGCUGUGGUAACGCACAUGCUGCCAAUCUGCUCAUCUCAUACGGUUGUCCGCUGUAUCUGGAUGCGCGCCCAAAUCAUUAUGGGGAUGGCACAACCACAGUUUACCACACAGCGGCCUUCCAUGGCUGCCUUUCCUCGCUACAAUCGGCCCACGACAAAUACCCUGGGCUUGAUAUCCACCAAAGGGACUGUCAAGGCAACACGCCCCUGCAACUUGCUCAUCGAGGAAGCCAGAACUUAGAUGUGAUGCAUUGGCUUGUGAAACAAGGGGCCGACCCAAAUACGAAAGUGAACGGGUGCUCUGUCCUUCACGUAGCCUGUCUAUUUGGCUGGUUUCGAUUAGCCAUGGACUACAUCCUAGCCGGCGCCAAUUGCGUCGACGCACUCUGGGAGAAUUCAGACGCAUCAGAAGCAGAUAUCGAGGGUAUCGAUGACCUGUACGUAGUGCGCCCGUUGGAUCUCUGCUGCACUCGGCCGCAUCCUUGGUACAUUGAAAUGUGCGGCGUGAUGCCUGAAUAUCCAUUCGAUGUCUCCCCUCCUAACCGUGGACCACAGCUGCAGAGCCUGGCUGCUGCGACAGAUCAUGACCGGCAUAAUUUAGUCAAGCUAAUAAUAAGCAAGGGCGCCUCGGUGCAAGGAAUGAAGCAAUUCGACCUCGACAAGCUUCUCCGCGGCAAGGGAGACCUUUUCCCGCUGGCGAUAACCUCUGCUCCUCCAAUGUUUCUCGCGACACAGGCUCGUUUUUUUCCGAUCAUGGAACUCCUUCUUCAGGCUGGUGCGAGCGUUGAUGAUCGGAAUAUAUGCGAAGAGACACCACUGGCUUCGGUUUUGCGUGGUUCACUUCCAUCAUCACGAAUCGUUGGUGGCAGCUGCAUAGUUGAAACUGUCAACUGGCUUCUGGAUAAUAGCAUCGAUACCACUUGGAGAGCAGACGCUCUUAGUGAUAUUUGCUCCCGUCAAGAACCUCAAACGGCAGAGGAGGCAAGAGUCCAGAUUGUAGUAGCAACGUUGCUGCUGAAUCGAGGUGCUAAAGUCAAUGCCAAAGACGAAGACGAAGACGAUCCGCUUUCACUAGCAUUCACAGCCAAACGAUUCGAUCUUUGCGAUCUGCUGAUUCGGCAUGGUGCGGCCUUGGCAAACACCGUUGAAGGACUGCAAAACAUGCUUGAACGUCUCCUCGGGCCCGGUUACAGCAUCGACCCACCAUGUGGGUUCGUAGAGUGCUUUCACGUACAGGGGGAACACACAAGCACCUUUCAGAGGGAAACUGAGCGUGAGAGGGAAAGAGAACUGUACUCUGAGGGACUGCGUUGGCUCCUUCGAAGAGACAAGGCCGGUCAUUUUGGUCGGCAUCCACGAACCCUAUGGCUAGCCUCUCAAGCACCUGAUCUUGGGGUUAGCAAUUUGCUUCUUGCGGCCGGUGCAGACGAUGCCACUUGGGUCAGCAAAGAAGGAAAAACUUGCCUCCACAAUCUUGCGCGGUUGCGCACACCCAUACCCAACGCGGCAUUCUUGGCACAAGAGUUUCUAGCUAGGGGCGCUUGUAUAACUCAAUCUACCCUCCACAUGGCAAUCAUAGGGCGGAGGUGGGACCUCGUGCGUCUGUUCUUCCAGCGUGGUGCGCAGCUACUGCUUCACCCGCCUACUCCGGACGAGACUGGAUUCAUGAUGAGCCACAAUUCGAACCCGAUCUCUCUGCUACUAAUGCAUUCACUCACAGCCGAUGAUUAUUCCAACAUCGACCUAUGUCUGAAGAAUCUAGGUCUGCCGAUAUCUGCCGUCCCCGAAGCGGCGUAUGAGUGCCUCCGCGAAGCCUGCACCUUCCCGGUACACCCUCGUGCCCUUGCCAGUAUUUUGAAAGCAGGCGCCGAUGUCAAUGAACGGGGACCAAGUGGAGCUACGGCAAUCAAUAUACUCAGGAAAGCUAUGCAGCGCAACCUCCAUAUGAGUAUCGGUCCUGACCGUGACAAACCUGAGGAUCUGGUUAAUACCCUCCAAAUCCUCAUUGAAGGCGGCGCAGACCCAGGCCCCAAGAUCUCGAGUGGUCGAGAGCCAUCACUGUACAACUUUCUGAAGAAACAGUCCCACAUUCUGGUUCCGGACUUCUUGCCAAAUUGGGACCCAUCAUACCCGUAUAUGAUUGGCCUCCAUCAGCAAAUCCGAAUGCGUUGUGUGCUCAAGGAUUCGGAGUUAAGCGUUAAUGGGUACACACUUGUCGUCAAGGACGACUUCUCACUUUAA